CUGUGGGUUCCCCCCUUCUAGGAGUAGCAGGCAUCCCCCCUCCCCCAGUUCUCUGCACACACGGAAAUCAGGUGAGGAUGGGGAGGCAGGGGUGAGAGAGAGGGGAGGCUGGCAGAGCAACUCUGAGCUGGCUUCUGGGUAUUUGCAUAGAGCUCUCAGCCUGUGUGAGGGGGAGAGAGAGAGAGAGAGAGGAGAGAGAGAGAGAGAGACAGAGAGAGAGAGAGAGAGCGAGCUAGAGAAGCAGCAGGCUGCUGCAUGCAAGAGGAGAGGAGAGAACAGAGGGAGAGGGGCAGCGAGCGAGCGAGCGAGCGCUCCAAGCAUGAGGACGGGCUUCUCCGGGCUCAGUUAAUCUGGCUGUCAGUUGGUGUUAACGCUGCAGUUUAAGUGAUUGGAUUCCAAGGGAAACAGACAAACCUCAGACGUCCCUGAAGGAAAGAAGGAAGGAAGGAAGGAAUCAAGGAAGGACCCAACGGGAGAAGGAAAGACCCAGCCGAGCAGUGAGAGGAAUAAAGGGAAGGGGAGACACCAAAUCUAUGGUUGGACCUCGGCUUCGUUUUCUCCAAUGCAAAAGGGAAUAUGCGGUACAUUUUUGCCCUCUUCUGCACCGGUUUCCUAGGCUCGGUAGUAGGUGCCAAUUUCCCCAACAAUAUCCAGAUCGGCGGAUUAUUUCCGAACCAGCAGUCACAGGAACAUGCGGCUUUUAGAUUUGCUUUGUCGCAACUCACCGAGCCCCCCAAACUGCUGCCGCAGAUUGAUAUUGUGAACAUCAGCGACAGUUUUGAGAUGACUUAUAGAUUCUGUUCACAGUUCUCCAAAGGAGUCUACGCCAUCUUUGGGUUUUACGAACGAAGAACUGUCAACAUGCUAACCUCCUUCUGUGGAGCCCUCCACGUAUGCUUCAUCACGCCGAGCUUUCCCGUUGACACAUCUAAUCAAUUUGUCCUCCAACUACGCCCCGAACUACAGGAUGCUCUCAUUAGCAUCAUCGACCACUACAAGUGGCAGAAAUUUGUCUACAUUUACGAUGCUGACCGGGGCUUGUCAGUCUUGCAGAAAGUCCUGGACACAGCCGCAGAGAAGAACUGGCAGGUGACCGCCGUCAACAUUUUGACAACCACAGAGGAGGGAUACCGGAUGCUCUUUCAGGACCUGGAGAAGAAAAAGGAGCGGCUGGUGGUGGUGGACUGCGAAUCGGAACGCCUCAACGCCAUCCUGGGCCAGAUCAUAAAGCUGGAGAAGAAUGGCAUUGGGUAUCACUACAUACUGGCCAAUCUGGGCUUCAUGGACAUUGAUUUAAAUAAGUUCAAAGAGAGUGGAGCCAACGUGACUGGCUUCCAGUUGGUGAACUACACGGACACCGUCCCCGCCAGGAUCAUGCAGCAGUGGAAGAACAGCGACGCCCGGGACCACACCCGUGUGGACUGGAAGAGGCCCAAGUACACCUCUGCUCUCACCUAUGAUGGGGUAAAGGUGAUGGCUGAAGCUUUCCAGAGCUUGCGGAGGCAGAGGAUUGAUAUCUCACGCCGAGGAAAUGCUGGGGACUGUCUGGCUAACCCAGCUGUGCCCUGGGGCCAGGGGAUUGACAUCCAGAGAGCCCUACAGCAGGUGCGAUUUGAAGGUUUGACAGGAAACGUGCAGUUUAAUGAGAAAGGACGCAGGACCAACUACACCCUCCAUGUGAUCGAGAUGAAGCAUGAUGGCAUCCGAAAGAUUGGUUACUGGAAUGAAGAUGAUAAGUUUGUGCCCGCAGCCACUGAUGCCCAAGCUGGUGGGGACAACUCAAGCGUUCAGAAUAGAACCUACAUUGUCACCACAAUCCUUGAAGACCCGUACGUGAUGCUGAAGAAGAAUGCCAACCAGUUUGAGGGCAACGAUCGCUACGAAGGCUACUGCGUGGAGCUGGCCGCUGAGAUCGCCAAGCAUGUGGGUUACUCCUACCGUCUAGAGAUCGUCAGUGAUGGGAAGUACGGAGCCCGCGACCCCGACACGAAGGCCUGGAACGGCAUGGUUGGAGAGCUGGUCUACGGGAGAGCAGACGUGGCAGUGGCCCCCUUAACCAUCACCUUGGUCCGGGAAGAGGUCAUAGACUUCUCCAAGCCGUUCAUGAGCUUGGGGAUCUCCAUCAUGAUAAAGAAGCCACAGAAGUCCAAGCCAGGCGUCUUCUCCUUCCUCGACCCUCUGGCUUAUGAGAUCUGGAUGUGCAUCGUGUUCGCCUACAUCGGCGUGAGCGUCGUCCUCUUCCUGGUCAGCCGCUUCAGUCCCUACGAGUGGCACAGCGAAGAGUUUGAGGAGGGACGAGACCAGCCCGCCAGUGACCAGUCGAACGAGUUUGGCAUCUUCAACAGUCUGUGGUUCUCCCUGGGAGCCUUCAUGCAGCAGGGAUGCGACAUUUCCCCCAGGUCUCUAUCGGGCCGCAUCGUCGGUGGCGUCUGGUGGUUCUUCACCUUGAUCAUCAUUUCCUCGUACACAGCCAACCUGGCUGCCUUCCUGACCGUGGAGAGGAUGGUGUCUCCCAUCGAGAGUGCUGAGGACCUGGCAAAGCAGACGGAAAUUGCUUAUGGGACCCUGGAGGCAGGGUCCACCAAAGAGUUCUUCAGGAGGUCUAAAAUCGCCGUGUUUGAAAAGAUGUGGACAUACAUGAGGUCAGCAGAACCGUCCGUUUUUGUCCGGACAACAGAGGAGGGCAUGAUCCGAGUGCGUAAGUCCAAAGGGAAGUACGCCUACCUGCUGGAGUCCACCAUGAACGAGUACAUCGAACAGCGGAAGCCCUGCGACACCAUGAAAGUGGGAGGUAACUUGGAUUCCAAAGGCUAUGGCAUUGCGACACCCAAGGGGUCCGCCCUGAGAAAUCCAGUAAACCUGGCAGUGUUAAAACUGAACGAGCAGGGGCUUUUGGACAAAUUGAAAAACAAAUGGUGGUACGACAAGGGCGAGUGCGGCAGCGGGGGAGGUGACUCCAAGGACAAGACAAGUGCUCUGAGCCUCAGCAAUGUGGCGGGGGUCUUCUACAUCCUGAUCGGAGGGCUUGGACUAGCCAUGCUGGUUGCCUUAAUCGAGUUCUGCUACAAAUCCCGUAGCGAGUCGAAGCGGAUGAAGGGUUUCUGUUUGAUCCCACAGCAAUCCAUCAACGAAGCCAUAAGGACAUCCACCCUGCCCCGAAACAGUGGGGCAGGAGCCAGCGGAGGAGGCAGCGGAGAGAACGGCCGGGUGGUCAGCCACGACUUCCCCAAGUCCAUGCAAUCAAUUCCCUGCAUGAGCCACAGUUCGGGGAUGCCCCUGGGAGCCACGGGAUUGUAACUGGAGCAGACAGAAACCCCUCGGGGAGCAUGCUCAGGCUCCUCCAGCCCCAUCCCAAACCCUUCAGUGCCAAAAACAAUGAAAUAAAAUGCGCCGCCAACCACUACGACCAUGAGGAGGACAAUUGAACCAACUUUCCUGAAGAAUUAAAACAAACAUCAACAAAAAUAAAGCAUUCAGCUAUUUCUUUUCCUUUAGGGAUUUGUUUUUUCACUCUUUUCCAUUUGUUAAGUGCAGAUAAGAAACCCCAUCCUACAAUAAGAGGGAAUAACACUGCCCAAUGAAGUCUAACAUCUCUGGCCAUGGAGCCACUGGAAUACUAAUGAAGAAAUCAGAGUGUUUCCUUUGAAUUCAGUUGUCGAUGUGUCUUAGUGUGUGCAGCUUUUUCUUUUAAACUAAUCCCCAUGGUUUGCCGGUUCCUUUUCUUACCCCACAUCCCCAAGCCCCUAGCCACCACUUUUCAGUUUUCAGAUUAAAGAUCUGAGAUCGGUUCCACCUUACAAGCAAGGAAAGGAGAAAACAAACUUCAAACUCGUUCAUGGUGGGGACUGUCCACGUUACCUUCCAGUCCUUGGCCCUGAACCUUGGAUGGAGCUAGACGCUGCUGGAGGAGUGGGCUGCCUUCCUCUGGGAGAACACUGCCUAAGGGUUGAUUCCAUGAGAGCACCCAUGUAAAGAAACUCAGGCCAGGGGUGGUGAAGAAGGGGCAAGAACACAUGUGUCCUCGGAGGAGGAUAUAAGAAGUGACGGCUGCUCAGAAGCUUCCUUCGAUGGACAAGAGCCAUUGCGUGAGCCACGGGGUUCCAGCGUGGUGCGCUGCCGAACGUCCCCUCAGCCUGGGACACCUCGUUCGGCUGUGCUCAGACUCAAAGGCGGGGCCGUGGCUUCAGGGCAGUCGGCCUCUUGGACUGAGCAGCACUUUGACAAGAGCUGACGGUGGGGACACAUCACUCGCCACUGUCUUGCUUUGCUCUGGCUUCAGGUCUGGACAGGAGCCCAUGGUGGACUGGAUGUCUCUGUGGAGCCUGUGGUGUUUGGGGGAACCCCGUACGUGCAAAGGACAAAAGGGGUCUCGGAAGCCUUCCCAAAGCCCACAUGUAACGUGUAACAGUGUUCCUUGUCCUUGGUCUGGGAGACCAAAUGUGAAAUUGAGGGUUGGACUACUGCACAGAACUUGGGUUGAUUUUCGUGUUCAUAAGAGUGUUGUUUUAGCAUGUGAUGAGACUUUGAGAAAGAAUGCUAACCCAAGCCCGGAUUAUUUGAAGGACACAGAGAUAGAUUAAGUUGAUUAUGACGUUAGUGGAGUCCCUGUCCCAAUCCUCGAACCCAAGGGGACUGACUGUGCCCCUGGCUAAGGUACGGAGAGGACUGAGGCUUCCCGGCUGAAGACAGCCAGGCUGGAAGUGUGACAAGGGUUCUGAAGAGAAACCCAGGCUGAUGGAUCCUUUGGGUGGAAGUGGGAGCCCCGACUCACCGCUUUCUGGCAACCCCAGCUCUCAUUCCGGGUGCAGUUGGCUUUCCCAAGUGCAUGCUCCCAUGAGGGUCACUAGCUUUUAGCCGUGGCCAUAUUCUGGCUCGUUCUCUUGCCUCUACUUCGGUCAUCUCUACAGGAGGUUAUCAUGAGUAACGAACAAGCCAGAGGUUUUAGAGCCUACCUAGGGGCCAAUCCAGUAUGACUGGCUUCCUCUGUGGAUGCUGUGAGCAGACACCCACCAGCCCUCCGUCUCUCGGUCCCCUUUCAUGCGCCACCACAGAGAAACCUUCCAACACGGCGUCUUUCCCCUGUUGUUCAGUUUCUCAUGCGUUGCCUUGGGCAUGGAAUGUGAGACCGUGCCUUCCAGGUGGACUAUCUCAUUUUUGCCAACCCCCCGCCUCCACCCCAAGCCCUAUACAGCACUGCAGAACCUGACGUGGCUUAGCACUUGGGAGUCUGCAUCUGGGAAGAGUUGGGACUAACCAUCUACCAUCAAUGGCUUCAGAGAUCUUUGGCCUUUGGUCUGGGAAGAUGCUCUUCUGCCACUGAGCACGCCCCUCCCGUGCUGUGGUUGGACAGGGAGAGACCAUGGCAGAUGUGAGGGCCUGCGCACACGGGGGUCUGAGACCCCAUGGGAAGGUGAUUCUUAAAAUGGAUGUGCAAAGGGAAAACAAAAGCAAGCAAAAAGUUAACUUGUAUUAUGUAUUUUUACUACACUUUUCUUAAAAAUAGAGCAAUGGGAAAAACUCUGAAAGAGAUUGACAUUUUUCUCAAAAGGAAUCCAUACUUAACAGUUCUGUCUUUCAUUAAAUUUUGCUCUUUGGUA